AAGUUCUUCCGGUAAUAUACUCUUCUCUCAUCGAUCAUCAUAGGUAUUGCUGUGUUUUUAACAUAAAAUUUCCAACCUUUUUGACGAAAAAAAGGGUUUCGGCGUUUUGUGGCUGGCUGGGAACUGACUGUCACACAAAACAGCAAAAAAGCAAACAACCAGUGGAACGCGCCCCAAAAUGUUAGGAGUCUUAGGACUGGUCCGAUCUGAACGUCUGAUCGUUCGACGGAUCGUUUUUUAAAACAUCGACGGCAUAAACACAGCUAGACUGAUCUUUUUAUUGAAGCAGUGGGUAAUCUUUUGGAUCCUUCCGUAUAGGCGAGGUGAAGGAAAGAAUCAGAAGAGGAAAAUCUUCCUGAUCGAUGCCGGAUUCGGUUAUGGAGGAGCUGCAGAUAUCUCCUGCUAAUCCGGCCGGGAGUCAUGGGACGGAGCAGCAGGCGGCAGGAGUGGGCAUCUUACUCCAGAUCAUGAUGCUCGUUCUCUCCUUUGUCCUCGGUCAUGUCCUGAGGCGCCACAAGUUCUAUUAUCUACCCGAAGCCAGUGCUUCUCUCUUGAUCGGUUUGACUGUUGGUGGGCUUGCUAACAUUUCAAAUACAGAAACAAGCAUCAGGGCAUGGUUCAAUUUCCACGAGGAAUUCUUCUUCCUAUUUUUGUUACCUCCAAUCAUUUUUCAAUCGGGUUUCAGUUUAUCACCUAAACCGUUCUUUUCAAACUUUGGAGCAAUUGUGACAUUUGCUAUUCUGGGGACAUUUAUUGCUUCAAUUGUUACAGGGGUUUUAGUUUAUCUUGGUGGAGUGAUGUUCCUCAUGUACGGACUGCCCUUCGUUGAAUGUCUAAUGUUUGGAGCUCUCAUUUCAGCAACUGAUCCUGUCACAGUGUUAUCCAUAUUUCAAGAACUGGGAACAGAUAUGAACCUUUAUGCAUUGGUCUUUGGAGAGUCUGUAUUAAACGAUGCAAUGGCAAUUUCCUUGUACAGGACAAUGUCAUCAGUCAAAAGUCACGUGUCAUCUAGGCAAAACUUUUUUCUGGUUAUACUGCGGUUUCUCGAGACCUUUGUUGGCUCUAUGUCUUCAGGGGUUGGAGUUGGAUUUACUUCUGCUUUGCUUUUCAAGUAUGCAGGCCUGGAUAUUGAUAAUCUGCAGAACUUGGAGUGUUGUUUGUUUGUUCUCUUUCCUUAUUUCUCGUACAUGCUAGCUGAAGGUCUUGGCCUUUCUGGCAUCGUGUCAAUAUUGUUCACAGGAAUUGUUAUGAAGCACUACACAUUCUCAAAUUUAUCAGAAAAUUCUCAACAAUUUGUUGCUGCCUUUUUCCAUUUGAUAUCUUCAUUAGCAGAAACUUUUGUAUUUAUAUACAUGGGCUUUGAUAUAGCCAUGGAGCAGCAUAGCUGGUCACAUGUUGGAUUCAUUUUUUUCUCAAUUUUAUUUAUCGGAGUUGCAAGGGCGGCUAAUGUUUUUUCGUGUGCAUAUUUGGUCAACUUGUUUCGACCUGCAAAUCGACAAAUACCUUUGAGACACCAAAAAGCACUUUGGUAUAGUGGACUUCGAGGGGCUAUGGCAUUUGCUCUUGCUCUACAAUCAGUUCAUGAUCUCCCAGAAGGACAUGGCCAGACGAUAUUUACUGCAACCACUGCUAUAGUUGUAUUGACGGUCCUAUUGAUUGGAGGGUCAACAGGUACCAUGCUGGAAGCUCUACAAGUUGUUGGUGAUUGUCAUGAUGGCCAUUUAAGUGAAAGCUUUGAAGGGAACAAUGGUUACAUAGCUCCUUCUUAUGAAGAGGGUGCUUCAUCAGGGAACGGGUUAAAGAUGAAACUUAAAGAGUUUCACAAGAGCACUGCAUCUUUCACUGCACUGGAUAGGAAUUACCUUACACCAUUCUUUACUACUCAAAAUUGGGAUGAAGAAGAAGAUAAUGAUGAGCCGGAAGACGGGAGAGGAGAGGUUUCCCAUAGACAUCGCUGAAUCUGCUUUACUGAUCAAAUCGCUGAUGGUACAGGAAAAUUAACACUACAGUGUACUAUAAGAACCCUAUGCAUGUAUGUCGCUAUAAGAUAGACGCAUGGAUCAGUUGUGACAAGAGCGAUGCUCUAAUUGCAACYACUUCCCUACAUGGCAUGUUCAUGUAAUAUCAUCAUGAAUGUUAUAAAAAGGAAAAUGCAGAGUUGACCGGUUAUUAAAAGUAUAACUAUUCAUUGUACAUAUACUUGAGAAAAUUAUGUUAGUGUCCUCAAAAAACAGAAUACUUGUCAUGCUACAUGUUGUAAUCAUGGUUUUAAGCCAUCUAAUACCAGAUAGUUCACCCAACAUUGAAUUUCAUCA